CUCAAUAAAAUUAUCGAACAAACCCAAAUGCUCUCUCUUACCGAUACGGUUUUCAGUUGCAGAGCCUGCCCACCCCGUUUCUCUACCAUAAAACCUCCACUUUCUCCGGUUGCUUCACAUAAUUUCUCUCUCCCCCCCUCUUUAUCUCUCUUUCUGUAGCUGGACCGUGAUAUUGUCUACAGAUUCGAAUUCCGGUCCACGAAUUUGGGAGAAUGACCUCUAUUACUUCCGCCGAGUUGAAUUACCUCGUUUUCCGAUACCUUCAAGAGUCAGGUUUUACACAUUCAGCUUUCGCUUUAGGAUAUGAAGCAGGUAUUAACAAAUGUACCAUUGAUGGCAAUAUGGUUCCACCUGGUGCUCUUAUUACAUUUGUGCAAAAGGGAAUUCAGUAUUUGGAGAUGGAAGCAAAUUUGACUUGCCAGAGUGAUGCAGAUGUUGAUGAAGAUUUCUCAUUCUUGCAACCUUUGGAUCUUAUAACAAAAGAUGUAUAUGAAUUGCGGCAGAUGAUAAAAGAUAAGAAAAAAAAUCUGCACAAAGACAGAGAUAAAGAUAAAGAUAAAGAUAAAGAUAAAGAUAAGGAGUGUGACAAGGAGUGUGACAAGGAGCAUGAAAGAGAACGUGCUCGAGUAAGAGAGAAGGAAAGGCAUGAAAGGGAGAAGGAAAGUGAAAAGGAUAGAGAGAGGGUGGAAAAGGAAAAAGAGCGAGAAAAGCAGCAUGAGGAUAAUACUGAUAGAGAAAUGGUUGCUGAUCAAGUAGAUAAGAAUAAUGCCAAGCAUGAAGAAAAUGGAAAUUUUGGAGGACCAGAACCAAUGGAUGUCUCUACAACAUCAACAUCUCAGGCAUGCGAGAUCCCCGGUUCAGAUGUGAUGAUUUUGGAGGGACAUACAUCUGAGGUUUGUGCCUGUGCAUGGAGUCCAACAGGAUCACUUCUUGCAUCUGGGUCUGGAGAUUCCACAGCACGUAUUUGGUCCAUAGCGGAGGGGACGUCUAAAUCAGGCAUGCAGAAUGGUCCAUUAAAUGUAUUGGUACUGAAACACGUAAAGGGAAGAACAAAUGAGAAGAGCAAAGAUGUUACAACACUAGAUUGGAAUGGUGAGGGGACCUUACUUGCAACAGGCUCAUAUGAUGGGCAAGCAAGAAUCUGGAACACAAAUGGUGAACUAAAGACUACACUGAGUAAGCACAAAGGGCCCAUAUUUUCUCUGAAGUGGAACAAAAAGGGGGAUUUUCUUCUUACUGGAAGCUGUGACAAAGCUGCAAUAGUAUGGGAUGUGAAAACUGAGGAGUGGAGACAACAGUUUGAAUUUCAUUCAGGUCCUAUACUUGAUGUUGACUGGCGUAAUAAUAUUUCAUUUGCAACAAGCUCCACAGACAAUAUGAUAUAUGUUUGCAAAGUUGGAGAUCCCCGCCCUGUUAAAACUUUUGCUGGGCAUCAGGGUGAGGUUAAUUGUGUCAAGUGGGAUCCAACAGGCUCAUUACUGGCUUCAUGCUCUGACGAUAUCAGUGCCAAGAUAUGGAAUAUGAAGCAGGACAAGUAUGUCCAUGAUUUAAGGGAACAUUCUAAGGAGAUUUACACCAUUAGAUGGAGCCCCACUGGACCUGGUACAAACAAUCCUAACCAGCAAUUAGUGCUGGCAAGUGCAUCAUUUGACUCAACUGUGAAGUUGUGGGAUGUGGAACAUGGGAAACUUAUCUGCAGUUUGAAUGGACACAGGGAUCCUGUGUACUCGGUUGCAUUUAGCCCAAAUGGAGAGUAUCUGGCAAGUGGAUCUCUUGAUAGAUGUAUCAACAUAUGGUCUUUGAAGGAAGUUAAAAUUGUGAAAACAUACAGUGGCAAUGGGGGAAUAUUUGAGGUUUGUUGGAACAAGGAAGGUGAUAAAAUUGCAGCCUGUUUUGCCAACAACACAGUGUGCGUUUUAGACUUGAGAAUGUAGGGUACUCAGGAGGGCAUCAAUUAUCUGAGGAUUGUCCUCAAAGAUUGCGGGCAUUCUGUUUUGUUGGUCAUAGUUUCUGUCACCGUUUUUCUUUGAUGCAGAGGGCAAGUGUACCGUAGAUUUGAUAGUUUUUGUUAGCAUUACGUAGGUGUAGGCGUUGUUACUAAUUCUAAUAUCUGCAUUUAAAUUGAAAACGAAAUGCUCACUCAAUCAUCAGCCAGGAAUCUGCUUUGUAUUAUAUGGAUCAGUGACAAAUUAUGUACAUAAUUAUUCUCAUUGAAUUCGUUACUUAUGAUCUUUUAAUUCA